CCUCUGUGAUCCAUCGCCAUGAACCAGCUCCAAGCCCUGCUGAACAGGCACCUCGAAAGAACACCUGGGCUGCAAGCCGUCAUCAUCUCGGACUACCAGGGCGUUCCGGUAGCCAAAGCAACCAGCGCAGACUUUGUUGAAACUGUUGCCGACGGAAUCUACGCUGUCACGUUCAGCUCGUGCUCGGGACAGGCCGAUAAACUUGGUCUUGGCGAGAACAGCAUGAUCACCACCAUCACAGACAACCGCCAAAUCGUCCAGUUCAAAAACCCCAAGCUGAUACUGACGCUGAUCUCGAAUACUGAGUGCAAAGUGGGUCUUUUGAUCCAGGCUGGAACCGAGCUCAAAGGACCCCUGGCCCAAGUUGCGGCGCAUCUCCCGUAAGGCAGCGACACGGCUAUCCGACGCCGCUUCAAUCGCAGUGAAUCGACCUGAAACGUCUCCCUCGGCUCGGCCCCUCCCCGAUGGUUUCUGGACUAUGAUUGGACGCACUGGUCCCCAUCGCUGUCAUGGCCCACGCACCGCCGGCGAUGCCUCGGGCAUCUGCCAACCUGCACAACACUUGAAUACACUCUCCAGCUCCCAUGAUAUCACAAGACUCGUGGGACGAGCUCAGAUCACUCGGAGG